AAUGUGUUACUACUCACUCACUCACUAGAAGAACCUUUGUUAUCAAUAUAUAUCUCAUCAUAUAUUAGUAAUUGAUUUCACCACUCACCAGCUAAAGAUCGCACACCUUUUAUAUAUAUAAUUUAGGUGAUCUAUUGAUCAUAAAAGCAAAUCAGCUAGUAAGAUGAAAAGAAACAAUCCAUAUUUGGUUGUGGUAAUCAUACAAGCCAUAUAUGCUGCUAUGUUUCUUCUGUCAAAAGCUGCAUUCGACCAUGGCAUGAACAAUUUCGUCUUUGUUUUCUACAGACAAUCUGCAGCUACUAUUUUUCUCACACCUUUUGCUCUCUUCUUUGAAUGGAAAAGUGCACCGCCUCUGCCAUUCACGACGUUUUGCAAGAUCUUCUUCAUUUCUUUCAUCGGGAUCACAUCGAGUUUGGACAUAUAUGGUAUUGCUCUAAUAAACACUUCUGCAACUUUGGCCGCUGCCACUACUAACUGUCUCCCAGUGAUUACCUUCUUCUUGGCACUCAUACUCAGAAUCGAAGUUUUGAGAGUAAAGACAGCUGCUGGGGCUGCUAAGUUGGCUGGUGUUGUGGCAUGUUUGGGUGGAGCAGCAACCCUUGCUUUUUAUAAAGGUCCUCAAUUGGAACUUUUAUCCCAUUUUCAUUUUUUGGGAAAUUACCAUAAAACCCAACAACAUCAGGGCCAUGUUCUUCUAUCUGGAUCAUCAUGGAUCAAGGGUUGCUUCCUCAUGCUUCUUUCCAACACCUUUUGGGGAAUGUGGCUUGUACUGCAAACUUUUAUCAUAAAAGGUUACCCUUCAAAGCUGCUACUCACAACUCUUCAAUGUUUCUUAAGCUCAAUUCAGUCUUUAGUCGUAGCGUUGGCUGUAGAAAGAGACUUUGAACAAUGGAAAUUGGGUUGGAAUAUCAGACUCGUCGCUGUGUUAUAUUGUGGAAUAAUGGUGACUGGUGUGACAUAUUACUUACAAACAUGGGUUAUAGAAAAGAGAGGACCAGUGUUUCUUGCCAUGUCAACACCAUUAGCUCUGAUCAUGACUAUGUUAUCCUCAGCAAUUCUCCUUGGCGAGAUACUAAGUUUAGGAAGCCUUUUGGGUAGCUGCGGUUUGGUUCUAGGACUGUACUUUGUGCUGUGGGGAAAGAGUAGAGAGCAAAUGCCAAAAGCUUCCGUAGACAUAGAGCAAGCUUCGUGUUUGAGUGAAACUAACAAGUGACUUAUAUAUAUGGUGAACCAAUAUUUAAAAGUUGUUCGAAACUCCAACAAUGAUUAACGUCGCUCUUUGGAAAUAGAAAUUUGUGAUAUUAUCCAUCAUCGUACAUUGACCAACUGAUGUUGGUUUGACAAAGAAACAAUUAAAAUAAAUAUAUGUUUUAUCUUGUUUUUGUUGAAUCAACAACAUCAAUCAUGUCACUAUCCCAUCUACAAGCAUAUAGAUGACCUAAAAUUUCUAUUCAAAUGUGGUAAACCUUGUUUAUUGUUGAAGUUUUGAACGAUUUUUAUGCAUUAAUCUACCAUAUAACUACUUACGACACUUUAUCAUCGCAGCAAUUUUCAUCAGCACAUUGUGGAGUAUUUGUAUAUGUCAUAUUCUUUUCCUAAGGAUAGUAAAUUUCAAUGCAAAUAUAUCACCAAGGAACUUCUUGGCCCAAAACACAAGUCAAUUAUAUCUUUCACCCUGUAACAUUGAUUGGGUACUAUAGGUUUUUGUUUUUGUUGUUAUUUGGACUAUUAUCAUUCAUAUUCUAGUUCUAGGAAAUAUAGGAAGGUUUUAUUUCAAUUACAAAAGAAAUAAAGUCCUUAAUGUUCUGAUUUCUGAAAUAGUAGUAUACUAAGACAAGUUGUACGAUUUGGACUGUAAUCAUUCAUAAUCUUUGUUUA